AUGGAUGGCACUUGUUACCGUGCAUCAUUAGAGGUUUUCCUUUUGCCUUACGGUGGCAAGUUUUUGGUUGAUGUUCGCUCACAAAUGGCAUUCAAUGGUGCUCAGCAAAUGGAUGAUGAUCGUUUGGCUGGGCAUCUUAACUACAGCUUUUGGAUUUUAAAGAACGCGCUCAGUAAUUUUAUGCCGGAUAAUCCAAUUGACACAUCCUCGGAGGAUUCCGACUUUUUGUUUCCGGAACUGGGUUUCAAAGACUACCAUGUGCUUGAUGAAUUUGAUCAUUUUCUCGAAUUCGAUGGAGAUCCCACAUCCUUUGGAGAUCUGAAUUCGAACACACAUCCAUCGGAAGCUGAGUCAAAACAGCCUACAUCGCAACUCCUGUCGAAUUCAUCAUCGCAGACAACAACAUCCCCGUCACUGCCACAGGUACAAACCCCUGUGAAAUCAUCAGACGCCUCAGUUAUGAAUGAUACAGGAUCGACCCAUUUGUCGUCCACCGGGCUUGAUUAUCCGCAACUGGAAUUCUUUGCUCACAAUACACAUGCUUGCAUCGGUGAUAACCAAACAGUGGAUUGCCGGUUUUUCCGUAUGCCAAUCCUUUUGGAAUUGUGGUUCUUGCGUCCGUUACCACCUGACACGGCUCACGGGUCUUGUUCAGAAACAUGCACUGCCCUUGGUUGUUUUGAUCAACCACAGUUACUCAAAACAUCCAGAGUGCAAGAAUAUAGGAUUGUUAACUCCCGGUCCGGUCUCGUCAAUCGGGCCUACCAAUUUGAUGACAAUGUGGCCGCCACCAUAACCGGAUUGGGACGACAACACUCCGGAUUGUAUAUGUGCAAAGCCGGUCACAUCUAUCGUACCAUCAAGGUCGAGGUCGUGGACUGCUCCCCCUCGGAAAUAAGCUUCAUACCGUUGAUUCUCAUCAUCUUUAUCCUACUGAUCACAAUGGCCAUCCUCACAGUGACCUUUAUGAUCUGUAUUCGUGCCCGCCGAAAGCCGAUUAUUGCAAUAUGGUCGUCUCCUUCGAUGCUCCAGCACAAAGUUCUCCCCGGUUCAGGCACGAAGAAGUUAACCGUUAUUAGCCGACUGAAUAAACUCUAUCCAUUGUGGAGCGGUGAGACAAACAAUUCCCUGUUAUACGGUUCUUACAAAAAGUCAGCAUUGGUUUCCCAAUCGAAGCGGUCGUUGAUGACCGUACAAAUGAACAAACAACGUGAUUGUCUUCUACGCAAGCCAUCUCGUGUGUUUCGACCAGCCACGCGGUUUGUUCAAUCCGACCCGCGGUGGGAGGUGCCUCGAGCCCGAAUCGAAAUUGACCAGCUGUUGGGACAGGGCAACUUUGGUGUGGUCUAUCGUGGUGUCGUACGCGGUCGUCUACCCGGGCGUCCAUGUUCACCUGCACCGUGCUCGAAUUCGACCAAUGUGGUGCAUAAAGUGGCUAUCAAAACAAUGAAAGACAAUUAUACUACAGAAGACUUGAUGGAUCUGAUUCGUGAAUUGGAGACCAUGAAGCUAUUAAAUUCACACCCUCACGUGAUCCAGUUGCUCGGAGCCUGUACUCAGCAGGGACCUCUGAUGAUUUUGAUGGAGUACGCUGUACACGGCAAUCUAAGGGACUAUUUGCGAAAACAUCGUGCACACGAAUCCGAUCUACUACGCGAGUACAAUCACGAUAGCGAAUCGCCCAGUCCCAGUGCAGACAGUUCCAGUGACCAGUCGGUGACAAACGAUUAUCCUCGUUUGGAUAUUCGACUACUACUUCGAUUUGCCAAUCACGUAGCCAGUGCGCUAACCUAUUUCGAGUCGUUAAAUCUGGCUCAUCGGGAUAUCGCCGCAAGAAAUGUGCUUGUCUGCGAGGGUUACAAUGCGAAAUUGGGCGAUUUCGGUUUCGCUCGUCUUAUUGAUGAUUGUGACUACCGGGACAUCGAUCGCGAUCAAUUACCUUACAAAUGGAUAGCUCCCGAAUGUUUUGAGAAUAAUCAGUACUCAUUAAAAAGCGAUAUAUGGUCGUUCGGAAUUUUGCUGUGGGAACUAUUUAGUCUGGGUGAGACACCUUAUCCGGGUGUAUCCACGGCCGAUUUGCCCGAAUGGCUUGCCGCAGGCAAUCGAAAUACGCAACCCCUGCUUGCCGAUUUAACCUUGUUCAAUCUGAUGCUGCGUUGUUGGGCCGCUGAGCCGACCGAUCGGCCCACAUCAAAAGACAUCCAACAGGAGUUACUCAGUUACUCAUUUGGAAAUCAGUUCAGUCCGAUGCGACAAUCUUCGCGCGAUAGCGGGUUCUGUAGCAUGUUCCGAUCACAUCAGCCCAGUCUACGUGAUUCAGGUCUGACAGAAGUGUUGCCAGACGUGGAUGCACCGCCACCGAUAUUGAGUGUGCCCCGUAAACCAAUGCCACCGGUUCGAAUCUGUUCGCUCUCACUGAGGGAUAAAUCCUCGUUUUCGCCUCAUACCACGGAUGCGUUAUGUAUGUAG